UUUCGAUACGCGGUCUCGUCGUGCACAUCACGAAUGCACGGACAACAGAGAGCAGAGAUUGCGGCCGCUCUCUGAUUUAAUAUAAAAAGUCUCUUAUUUAUGAAAACGUCGUAUCGAGGAGGAGAUAACGUAGAACAGUAGGCCGCGUUGUCACUAGCAGCGAGAAGAUGUUUUAGGCAGUUGUUCUUUGUAAAGCUGGAAGGGGAAGGUAGCUUUCAUAGUCGUUCCGGUCGUGCUUUAGCAGUAGCUUUCGCGCCCUCAUAUGAAAAGUGCUCGGAGCUUUCCCGGUAACGACACGAUUUUGUGAUGAGAAAUGCUUGUGAUUUGUGACUGAUUUUUCGACUAUGCACGAUGGCAAGAGAAAAAAGGUCCACAUUUAGAAGAGACGUGACCACCGAAACUAGCCAACAAUUUCCACAAGUUAAGGAGGAAACUAAUGAGUUAAUUGGGGAGCACGAGAAUUAUGACGAUCAAUCAAGGCAACAGUUCCUAAAAACGGGCCAAUGUAAAAAAGGCGUUUGUGGGAAGGAAGCAGCGUGUUUACCCUAUUCAAAUAACACCUACACUUGCAUAUGUCCGCACGAUAAAUCACCCCCCACGCCUGAUGGAAAAUGCACCCGCAUAACAGUACCUCCCACACCACAUCCUAUCAAAAAUAUCAAGAUACCAACGGAUAAUUCAACACAAGGAAAAGCAAGAGCAUCAUCAAUUAAGUCUUUUGAUAACACCAAUACAGUCAUUGUAACAACAUCAGCGGUUGUAGCUUUAAUAAUUGUAGUAUUAUUUUUUGCUUAUUUAUGGAAAAGGAAAGGCUGCUUUUCUAGAGAAAAAAAUGCAUAUUCGUCGUCACCUUCACCGAUAGCUCUCAAACGAAGCCUUCUAGUUCCCGAACGUUACGCUCCCAACCCUCAAUAUUCCGCCUGCACCGGAACUUCCGUCCCCGUACUUAGGCGGGAAACUCUUAAGUUCUUAAAUGAAAUCGGGGAAGGAUGUUUCGGCAAAGUCUUUAAAGGUGAACUCAUGCGGGACAACGAGGAGUUUACAGAGGUUGUGGCAAUUAAGGUUCUUAAGGAAACUGCAAGCAGGGAAAUCGAAGAGGAUUUUUUUCGCGAAGUCGACAUAAUGAGCACGUUCAGACACGGCAACAUUUUAUCGCUUCUUGGAGUUGUACUAAGAGAAUCCGGUUUAUCGCCGAUGAUGGUUUUUGAAUAUAUGCCCCACGGCGAUCUAGCCGAAGUUCUAAGAUCACAAAACCAUCCACCGGACCCAGAAAAACCCAUGCCCACCUUAACAACGGGAGACCUGAUGUCACUAGCGCUGCAGAUAGCAAGCGGGAUGACCUACUUGGCUUCUCAAAGGUUUGUCCACAGGGAUUUAGCCUGCAGGAAUUGCUUGGUGACAAACGGGCCCGUCGUUAAAAUUGCCGAUUUCGGGAUGAGCAGGGACGUCUACACUUGCGACUAUUACAAAAUUGGUGGCUCUCGAUUACUUCCCGUCCGAUGGAUGUCACCUGAAAGCGUCAUGUACGGUCGCUUUACCCUGGAAUCGGACGUAUGGUCGUACGGGGUCAUUUUGUGGGAAAUUUACAGUUACGGUAAACAACCGUACUACGGACACACAAAUGAAGAAGUGGUCAAACUAAUCCUGCAAGGGAUCAUGCUAAUCCCACCGGAAAACUGUCCGACGGUCAUUUGCGAGCUGAUGAAAUGCUGUUGGAAAACUGAACCACGUGACAGAAUAAAAUUUCCCGAUAUUUACGAGAGAAUUCGAAAGACUUAUGUCGCACUUGAAUCUAGCGAAGACGAGUCUGAAAUGGUGAAGUUCGAAAGCGAAACGCUAAAUAGGACUACGAGACUUCCCCGCCCGCCACCCUUACCUGCGGUAACGUGUGAAGUAGUAGACCUUCUGGAUUCGGAAGGCUAUCUAGUGCCAAAUGACGUUAAAAAUCCAGUGCAAUAUUUACAAACGUUUGCCGAAUAGAAACGAACUAUUUUUGCCUAUCCGCAAUGUGAUAUCUCUGAAUACUCAUUUAUUAUAGCGUGAAAGACUUUUAAAUACUCUGUAGUCGACUUGAACGAAAAAGUGCAAUAUAGACCCGAACUUUUUUAAUAUACUCGAUUUUUUCUGUACAUCUCACUUCAGUUUCUUUGUUAUUUUUAAAAUUAAAAAGGCAUGUAAGAAAUUGAUUCUUGGCUAGGCACUUGGUGAAACAUAUUUAAUAAGAUAUCAGAAAUAAAACACUUGGUAAACUUUUGUUUCACAGUUUAUUUAGAACACUCUAACAAUUGUUUCGGCUGCUAAACCAUUAUCAAAGAGAAACAUCAUUAUCAAACGAUAAUGGAAUUGUUAGAGUGUUCUAAAUAAACUGUGAAACAAAAGUGUACCAAGUGUUUUAUUUCUGAUAUCUUAUUAAAAAGGCAGUUUAAAAAAUGUAUGGUUUUAUAAAAUGAUGGCAAUGCUAGCUCGAAAAAGAAUAACAAAGAAGACUGACGCUAGUGGAAUGUUAAGUAGAUCGCCCUGUACAUACUAAGCUGACUAAAUCUAUAGAUUAGAAAAUAAGAAACGAAUUUAAUGUAUGAAUCAAAAAAUUCCUGUUCGAGGGCCCGCCUGCCAUUAAUUUAAUUGUUUAAGGUUUUCAAUAAAAAAUUCAAUUAUCCUGAGUUAUAUUGUAAGUACUACUAUUUAAUAAACACAAUAUCCACACGUAAGAAAUACGCAAUU